GAAUUAGCAUGGAAACUACACUUCAUUUUCCUAGUGGUAGGUUUCUGAAACGGAAAAAGUUGACCCUCAAGAAUUGAAGCUUAUAUAUAGGAAGCAAAUAAUAAACCAAGAGCAAAUAAAAAAUCGUUCCCCUCCAAACAAUCCCAAAUUCCAAGCCAAGCACAAAUAAUGGCUCUUAACAGCCCCUAUUACAAACCAAGCACAAAGCAGCCUCCUGAGGGACAAUGGACCACUGGCCUUUAUGAUUGUUUCCUUGAUUCCUCUACUUGUCUUCUUUGUUUCUGUCCUUGUAUCAUGGUGGGGCGGAUUGCGGAGAUAGUAGAUAAAGGGACAACAUCGUGCACUCGGGCCGGGCUCAUAUACUAUGCUAUGGGCUGUUGUGGAUGGAUAUUUGCUAGCCAAUACAGAGCCAAGCUGCGACAAUGGUUCUCGCUGCCAGAAGAGCCUUGCUCAGAUUUGUUGGUCCAUGCCUGCUGCUGUAUGUGUUCUAUUUGUCAGGAAUAUAGAGAACUCAAAAACCGUGGCAUUGAUCCUUCUAUAGGGUGGCAAGGAAAUGUAGAAAAGUGGAAGCAGGAAGGGAUAAAGCCUCCAAUUGCUGAACAAGGCAUGACUCGUUAGUCAUGUCUAUUUGGGUCGAAAAAUCAAUCACCAUGGUUAUCUGCCUUGCUUAAUAGCUAGUAUUUAUAUGUAUUGGCUCUGCAAUUUUAUGCAAUUUAUUUAGGCACCGGAGUCUCAUGAAAAAUGUUUCACGUGUACAUCGGCUUUUACGUACCUUUUAUAUUAUGAAUUAUCAAUUGUGUAAUAUUCACCAAUUUGGCGUGAUAUUAAUAUAAAUAAGGUGAAAUGAUCAGAUGUAAAAUAAAUAAAGUAAUUACACAUUAUUUAUUACAAGUUAA